AUGCGACGCCUGCAAGUCUUGGUACCACUGGUCUGCAGCAAGGCAGACAGUAGGGAAUACGAGCUGCAGGUUAAGCACGACUUCCUGCAGUGGUACUGUCUGGGCUGCAGACAGCUACUAACGGAACUAGCGCAAGAUAGAACUAAGAAGGCGACAGACUUUACUGAGGCUUGUACUCAAAUUGAGAUGGUCGAGGGUGGUAAGAAGACCAUUAACAAAGGGACAAAUACUGGCUUGGGGAUGAAACUCGAUCGUCUGAUCGGAAACCUAAGUUGCGGACCAAGAGAAGAUAAGGUGAAACCAGCACACCGUACCGGUGCACAUAAGGCAACGGUGCAACCUCCAUCAGAGUGGACAACCGUGCACCACAAGGGUACUGCUAUGCCCAGGCCCACACAGACUGGCCCCAGCACCCGAUCGGUCACAGUAUUUGACCUACCAGAAUCCAAAUCUUCAUCGCUGGCCGGGAGGGAUAUCCACGAUAGCACAGUUUUUCACCAACUAUGUCGAUAUGCCUCUCCCUGA